UUUUCUUUUUUCUCUAAUCUCUCAAACCCUUUCUUCACAAUUUCUUCACCGAAAAGAUUUAGCCACUUGGUAAGUUAGUAGUACCCACAAGACCAAAAUGACCAGAGGACCCCAUGAACCAUACCCUCCACCGCCACAACCACCAGGUUACGGAUCUCCUUAUCCACCCCCACCACCACAACCGGGGUUCCCGUCGGCAGCGCCUCACGAAAUAUACCCUCCGGGGCCGCCACCACCGCAGCCACAUACUGGGUACCCGCCGCCGCGGCCGCCGCAGGCUCCACACCCACCACGCUAUCAAGGAUACCAGGGUUAUUUCAAUAGCGGGUAUCCACCGCCACCUCCGCCGCACUCUCAUGUCGUCGGACAUCACCAUCAUGAUGAUGAUGGCUGUUUUUCAGUCUUGAGAGGCUGCGUUGCAGCGCUGUGUUGCUGUUGUCUGCUAGAGGAGUGUUGUCGCUGCUGCUUUUGAUUAUGUGGCUGAAAACUGAAGUUGGCUCAUAAUCAACUUGGUUAUAGAACUUGGAUAUCUAUGGAAUAUAUGCAAUAAAAUCCCCAACGUUCAUAGACUCUAUAUCAUGUGUAUCAGUGUAUGUCCAUACGAAGUUAUCAAUUAUUUCGCAAAGUAUUUGUGUAUAACUUCUGAGAGGCAUUAGCAUUAUCUACAACGAAUGCAAACAAUAUUAUGUGCACUGCAUUUGUGUAAGAUAAUUAUCCGUCACAGUUGUAAAAGAUGAUAUAUAUUAUGGAAAAUCACACCAUAGCUUUGAACUA